AUGCUGCAGAUGCAUGGCGGGCAACAAGAACAUCGAACCGAUGAAAAUGCCGGCGAGGACCGUCGAGGACGUGGCAAGCUAGUGCCUCCACUGCCACUGCCCAAAAAUCGCAGCACAGGCAAUCUCGCCCUCUCCCCCGACCCGACCGUUGAUCGAAGUCGAUACCGAAUGUCGUUUGAGGGCUCUUCGAGCUCGAUAAUGGAAUAUGAUGCCUUAGCAAGAUCCCCUCACAUAACCGAUCAUGACCAUGGUCCCGGCAUCACAGGCUUGCGGCGCAUUCGCCAGCAGCACCCUCCUUCUCGUGGUCCAACUAUGCCUAAUUCUGCCGCAUCAUCGCGAAGCCCGUCCGUCGUUGCCCUUUCCCGCUCGACCUCCGUGAGCGCCAUGCUCGCAAACUCCGCAAAGCCGCCGCUUUCUGCUGGCCCGGCGUCUCCCAGCUUCUCCGAAGACUUGUCGCGCUUUCCCUCCGAGUCGCUACACUCCUUCUCCUUUGCUCACCAAUCCGAGGAGUUUAUACACAACAGGCAGACUGUCCUCAAACGCUCCCUGGACUUCAUCAAGGAUCGGAUGGGUUGGUCCAUGAACGCGACGCAAGCAGGACUCGCCAGUGCCCAGGCCCGUGUCACAGGUGAUGUCGAUAUGCAGAACAUGUUGGAGCUUUUGGCACGGGCACAAUUGAUUGGAGCAAACAACUUGCCAAACGCGGAUUCUGUAGCACUUCCGCCCUUGACAGGUCCAGCUGAUGUAAUGGGGGACAAUCUUUUCGAAAGACAAUUUGUGCCGCAACUGUCCCGUACCAGUACAAGUGCCCCCGAUGCUGCACCUCCCACAACCGCUCAAAACCGCACUUCAAACCCGCCCCUGGUCAGGCUCCAGGCAACCGAUGGAGUCGAGGUAGACAGUCUGCCCUCAGUACCAGAGCUGGACAGUGAAUCCCGUAAUGCUUCGAAUGCUACCUCGCGACGAGAUGGCAUCGCUCCUGGAGCAAAGUCGCAAGCCACUGCUAGACCUACAAGCCUGAAGCGCACCAUGACGGACACGCUGGCCAUCACGCUUCAAGACAAACUCCUUGACACAAUGGCCCAGCCGUUCUUAGUCGAGCAGCCUCUAUACGACGAGCCUCUCAUCUCUCCGACGACGGCACAGCCUGGACCCCCUGCGAAAGCCUUUCCGAGUGCUAUCGUGCCUACCGCACACGGCCACACGAACCGAUGGGUGCCCGCCGCGCAGGCAAUUUUCACCACGGAAGUAAAACCACCCUGGACCAUCAUCGCCGCCAAUGACCUGGCUUGCCUCGUGUUUGGUGUGACAAAGGCCGAGGUGCGUAAAAUGGGCAUUCUCGAGGUCGUACAGGAAGAGAGACGAGCCUGGCUGGAGCGAAAGCUUUUGCAGACGGAUGACGCAUUGCCAGACGGCAGUCCAAAAAGGGCGAAACCUGGAAGCCCAGCCGCUUCAGCGGCCUCGACUUUGCUCGGCACUCGGUCAGGCAUCACAGCACAUCUUCUGAGCAAACCCAAUUCACGCUCACAGUAUUCCUCCAGUCACGCUCAAAGACGCGCUCAAACUGUGCAUAGCGGGGACCCGAAUCCACCUGCAACCGCGGGCAGCGGGCAACAUGGCAGCAAUGUCUCACGAGGGGUUUUGCUGUGCGGAGACGUGGUCCCCAUCCGGAAGCGAAACGGGGCGACAGGCUCUGCCAGCUUAUGGGUCAAGGAAAAGCCAGUGGGCUUGAUCUGGGUUCUGGAAGAAAUUCACGAGGACGUUGCCUUUGUCAGUCUAGACGAAGAGGGCUCUGUGAAGAACGUCUCGGGCGCGUCCGAUGUCAUUUGGGGCUCCAGGGCUAUCAAGUCGGGGUUCGACGUGGCAACACUCAUACCUCGAAUUCCCCGACAGGGGAUCGAUCCCGCGAUUGGUGAGAUAGACUUUGCCCAGAUUGCAAGGCGAAGAUUCUUCACCUGCUUGAACGCCCAUCAGGUCAGCACUCCCUGCACGGUGGAGCAAGUUCGCGGGCGGCUCGAGUUGCGCGUAUCGACCUUCCCGCACAUGGCCGGCAUCAUCGUCAUUGACCCGGUGGAUCUGAAAAUCCGAAGCUCGAAUUCCGCCUUCUGCGGCGCCCUGUUCGGUUACGAGAAACCUGACGGACUACCUGUGACGUCUCUGAUUCCUGAUUUCGACAAAAUCAUUGACAUAGUAACGCAGGAGGACGGCCUUCAGAUGCUAGAUGGAAUGGUGGUCCCAGAACAAAGGUUCCGGAGGGCGUCGGCUUUCCUUGCGCUCAAAGAGCAUCGUCCUGACGCUACCGCUCGAUUUCUCCAGCCAGAGGGUCUGCCUGGCAAGCACCGUGAUGGGUCCGAGUUGAAAAUUGACGUUCAGAUGCGUGUCGUAGAGAGCGAAAAGCAAGCCAGCUUUGGGGAAGAGACUGCAAAGGAAGGAAUGGAUCAAGGGGCGGCCAACAGCGACAAUGAUUCCUUCUCUGUACCCCACAAGGAAAUGGUGCUUGCCUUGUGGAUCACGUACUCGCGGCAUCUUCACGGGCAUGCUCGAAUGAGCGUCGAAUCCCCCGGCUCCUCUGGCACCACGACACCGCGACACCAGCCAUCGCCUGGCCAAACGCCUCCCGUGCACACGCCCAUUGAGAUUGCUUCAGACGACGAUGAGACAGGAAAGGAGGCAGAUCGGCAAGCAGCUCCCACACUAUCCAAGCAGAUUCGAAACGCGGCUUUGAGCGCGGCCGCCAAGCUGACGAGGCAUCCCAAGCCAGCAGCCGCGGCGGGUGAAAGGCCAGCAGCCCCUCUCAGGGCAGCCGAGCCUGCACGCAAAGCCGUCAUCGAAGACUACGUCAUCCUGGAAGAUAUGGGACAAGGUGCCUACGGGCAAGUCAAACUCGCUCGUCACAAGACUAGUGCCAAGAAAGUUGUUUUGAAGUACGUCACGAAACGACGCAUAUUGGUCGAUACGUGGACCCGGGACAGGAAGCUUGGGACCGUUCCGCUCGAGAUCCACGUCCUGGACUACCUGCGAAAGCCCGAGUUUAGACACCCCAACAUUGUAGAAAUGGAAGGGUUUUUCGAGGACGACGUCAACUACUACAUUGAGAUGGCUCCUCAUGGCUUGCCGGGCAUGGAUCUGUUUGACUACAUUGAACUGCGCGCCAACAUGGAGGAGGCGGAGUGCCGAAGCAUAUUCGUUCAAGUGGCGCGAGCAGUUCACUUCUUACAUACCAAGGCGAUGGUUGUCCACCGCGACAUCAAGGAUGAGAAUGUCAUUCUAGACGGAGAGGGGAACAUCAAACUCAUUGAUUUUGGGAGUGCGGCGUAUAUCAAAAGCGGUCCCUUUGACGUAUUCGUGGGCACUAUUGAUUAUGCUGCUCCCGAGGUACUGGCUGGUAAGCCGUACGGAGGAAAGGAGCAAGACGUCUGGGCUUUGGGAAUCCUCCUGUACACGAUAAUAUACAAAGAAAACCCGUUUUACAGCAUCGACGAAAUCAUGGACAGGGAUCUUCGGGUUCCAUUCACGCUGAGCGAUGAAAGCAUCGAUCUCAUUCGCCGCAUGCUGAACCGAGAUGUCAAGGAUCGAUUCGACAGCACGCAGGUGGUAGAGCACGGGUGGUGCAAAGCAGGUGACUGA